UCUAUUUUGGACUGGAAUUUUUGAUACCUCUAUUUUCACGGGUGUAAUUCUAUAAUUUCUUGCAUCUUUCCAUUUUAUUGCAAUAUCCCAUGGAAAAUUGUUACAGAAAAUUUACAGAAAUGAUUGCCUGAAUGGGUUGAAAGGCAGGGAGCGCCUGGAAAAUGCUGAUGAAAGGAUUCAAAUUAAGAAAAGGAUGGUUUCAAGAAAAUCCAAUUCAUUUCAAUUCAGAAAGAAUCCCUCCAUCAAGUCAUGCUUUCCAGAAACAAGAUCUGUUGAAGGAUCUGAGAAUAAGUGUGAUAACAAAUUUCCACAGCAUUUCAGGGCACAUACUUGUGAUGUUAAUGGCAGGUUCAAUGCAGCAGCUAUAUCUAUGAAAGAUAUUUCUUUAGAUGACUCUAACAUUAACCCUUUUUCUACAAUCAAUGUUGAAUCUUCUUCUUCUUCUUCUUCAGUUGUAUUAUACAACAAUGUUUUAUUCAACAGUUUACCACCUAAACUGCAGCAUCCAAUUAUCCCACUUUCCGAAAUUCAAAACCUCAAUCUUCAGUCGGUUUUCGCUGGCCGAAACCUCUCUAGUCUGCCUGGAUGGAAAGGUACAGUUAAUGUUGAAAAGCUUCCAAAUCAACAGUCUCAGUCAUUCAGUCCUUUGCUAAGGCAAGUCUCAAAUGCUACUGCAGAUCAACCUUCGCGACCACCAACUGGUUUUAUGACCCCUACACUAGCACAAGUUGCAGAAAAUCCAGGGGAGAUAAAAUGCAGUAACCAGACUAGGCAUAUUGUUUUGUAUGUAGCUGCGCUCAAAGGUGAUUGGAAAACUGCAAAAACAUAUCUGCGAUGGAAUCCACACGCAGUUCGUGCAACAAUUACAAGGGGUUCAGAAACUGUUCUUCACAUUGCAGCUGGGGCAAGGCAUACACUGUUUGUGAAGAAACUAGUGAAAAGAAUGACACCAGAUGACUUGGCUCUACAAAACAAGGUUGGUAACACAGCCUUGUGCUUUGCUGCUGUUUCUGGAAUUACAGAAAUAGCAAAAGUGUUGGUGAAUAAGAACAAAACUUUGCCACUAGUAAGAGGUAGCCAAGGAGCUACACCUCUCUAUAUGGCUGUUCUUUUGGGAAGACGGGAUAUGGUAUGGUAUCUUUAUUCUGUAACAGAUGAUAAAGAUCUUUCUGGAGAGGAUCGUAUUGGCCUUCUUAUUGCUGCUAUCACUUCCAAUCUAUUUGAUGUAGCAUUGGAAUUAAUUCGAAACCAUCCUGAACUAGCAAUAGCUCGAGAUGGGAAUGACGAGACAGCUCUACAUGUAUUGUCCAGAAAACCAAGUGCAUUUUAUAGCGGAACUCAACUAAGACUUGGGCAGAGAUGUAUAUAUUCAUGUCUCCAGGUGGAACUACAAUGUGAUUCAACUCCUCUAAUGAACAAUGAUCACUUUCCCCAUUGGAUAGUUCAAGCUUUAUCUUCAGUGAAAUUUCUACUCUGGAAAAGCCUUGCCUAUCUUUUACCAGAAAUUAACUUGAUUUACAAUAUCAAGUUGAGGCAUAUUCAAGCCCUUGAGCUAGUAAGGCAGCUUUGGCAACAGACUUUAAGCCUAGAUGAUGCAGAUGUUAAGAAAUUAAUCCGAAUGCCUAGACGAUUACUAUUUACAGCUGCAGAAUUCGGAAUUGUGGAAUUUAUCACUAUACUUAUCCGCUCGCAUCCUGAUCUUAUAUGGAAGGUUGAUGAGCAGAGUAGAAGUAUAUUUCAUACAGCAGUUGUACACAGACAGGAAAAGGUCUUUAAUCUCAUAAAUGAGCUAGGGGCACUAAAAGAUUUCAUAGCUAUUUAUAAAGAUGAGAGCAACAAUAACAUGUUGCACUUGGCUGGAAAGCUACCUCAUCCAAGUCGACUCAAUACUGACUCUGGUGCAGCUUUGCAAUUGCGACGAGAAUUGCUAUGGUUCAAGGAAGUGGAGAAAAUCGUCCAGCCCCUAUAUACUGAAAUGAAAAACUUUGACGGGCAAACUCCAGAGUGUCUAUUUUCAAUCGAACAUAAAAAACUGAAGCGAGAAGGAGAGAAAUGGAUGAAAGAAACUGCUUCUUCAUGCAUGCUUGUUGCAACACUUAUUGCCACUGUGAUGUUUGCUGCUGCCUUCACUGUACCGGGAGGAACCAACGAGAAUUCAGGAAGGCCUAUUUUUCUUCACACAAGGUCAUUUAUGGCUUUCGUCAUAUCAGAUGCACUUGCUUUAUUCUCCUCAGCCACAUCGAUUCUGAUAUUUCUUUCCAUUUUGACUUCACGCUACGCGGAAGAAGAUUUCCUUCAUUCUUUACCAAACAAGCUAAUCAUGGGACUUGCAACCCUUUUCAUCUCUAUAACUACUAUGAUGGUAGCUUUCACGGCAACACUGUUUCUUGUUCUUCGCCAUGGAUUGGAAUGGACUACUCUUCCAAUUAUUAUUGUUGCUUGCAUUCCAGUCUCAUUGUUUGCUUCCCUACAAUUCCCUCUAGUUGUUGACAUAGUCAGUCAUACAUAUACUUGCUUUCGUUUGAAAAAUCAUUUGCUGAGCUAACUAACAGUAAAAUGUUCAUCUGAGAAGCUUAGCUAAAUGAUGGUAGAAUUUUUAUCCAAGCAGCAACAGAAACAGGAUUGAAUCUAAACAUCCAGUUCAAUGGUAAUCAAGACUACAUUGGAUGAGGAACCAAGUUCUAAUCUCCUGGCAUAAUCCUAGAAUGAAUUAGUUAAUACCCAUUUGUAAAAAAAAUUUGUACAUAGUUCAUAUAUAUUUUUAAGCAGAUAAUAUGCAGCAAUUUUGUAGAUC